AUGCAGACGCAAUCCUUUAUGAGCAUUCAUUGCCGAGAUUUGUGCAGGCUUAUGCAUUUCGGGUCUCCUCUGGUCAAGCUGGUUGCUUCAUAUUGCCUGUUGGAGCUGUUUACUGGAGUAUCAGAAGUGAAUUGUGGAAACCAAGAAAAUCCACAAUGCACCACGUGGUACCUGUUGUCUGUUAUGGCAGUAUUAGAAGGCCAGAUAUUUUGUAGUGAUAUUCGAGUGGCAAUGAACUGUUCUCACUGCUUAUCGAUGAUUUUGAGCUGGGAAAAGCCAGAAAUGGAGACACGAUUGGCACAUGAAAACAAUUGGUGCAGGUUGGUAGUAGAGGAGCUAGCAAUGUCUCUGGCAGUUCCAUGUUUGGCAUCAAAAUCAUUCAUGUUUCAUCACAAGCCUGCAGUUCAUGUAGCAGUUGCACUGCUAAAACAGAAAAAGGUUCCUGGUUGGAUGACUUCAGUGUUUGAUGAUUCUUGUAUAUUUGCUAUAGUAAAAAACCUUUCCCCAAGUAAUGUGAGCACUGAGAUGGUGCUUCUAUUUCGAAAGUUACUGAAUUGCAAUUACCUGAAGGCUGAGCAAAUUGCUGGUCUAAAUCGGGUGUUCCAGGCAUGCAGGAAAUGUACAUACAAAGAUGAUGUUCAAGAUGUUAGUGCAGAGGAGCAUACGCAGAAGAUGGUUGUCAUCCCAGAUGAUUUAGGAAAAGUUUGUGAGUUCCUCAUUGACAUCAUGUCAUCCCAAUUAACUCCCGCCAUCGGCCAAUUUCAAAUUAGUAAAAUGCGACUGUUAGAAGAAAUAGAGUUAUUUUCCAAAAGUUUAANAGGAAAAGUUUGUGAGUUCCUCAUUGACAUCAUGUCAUCCCAAUUAACUCCCGCCAUUGGCCGAUUUCAAAUUAGUAAAAUGCGACUGUUAGAAGAAAUAGAGUUAUUUUCCAAAAGUUUAGUUGGAGAGGACGAUGGUUAA